AUGGGCAGCUCUGCCUCCAAGGAGCCCAGGGAAGCAAAUGCCGGCAGGACAAAGACCGAUGGGGCCGAAGGGAUCCCAGGUGAUCGCGGGCUCCCCUCCUUUCCCUCCUUUCUUCCUUCGCCCCUGCAGCUGGCGUCCUACCCCUUAGUGGCGAACAACGUGAGGCUGCUCUGCGACGAGGAGGACCGCCUUAGGCCACGGGCCUCCUCUCUCACUGCGUCCUUUCGGCGGCUGCGCCACACGUACAGCUGCGAAGGCCUCCGCGGCCUCUUCCGUGGUGGCCACCUCUACAUGCUACACCAGGUGCUCCGCGACGGCCUCCGGCGUGUGGUCGGGGGAAGAGAUCGCCGCUCGGCGUCGAGGUUGCUGAUGAAGUACAGCAUCGAUGUCGUUUGCUAUCCUAUCUUGCUGGCAUCAACUCGUGUGGUGAUGCUGAAGAAUGAGGAGAG